AUGGGCAAACACCAUUCAUCUCGUCAUCAUUCAUCAGGGCGCCAACGAUCUCAUCGAGAUUACUCCACCUACGACAGAUAUCGGAGAGGAUGGAAUCCUCUCUUUUGCUGUAAAUGCAGUUUCGGGGGUAAAACUGCUCAAAGUAUAUUAUUGAUCUUUUUACCUUUCUCCAUCGCUGUGAUCUGUUUUUUGGCUGGCUUCUGGUUGUUACCCGUUUGGGUAUAUGAUGGAGGAUAUCAAGGUGAUUUCAAAAUUGCUGCUCAAGGAUAUGGAGUCAACGGUCAAGAUUCUGGAACUCGAGAGUUCUUAUAUUCCACCUCAUCCUGGCCAGAUCCAAUGAGCGGCUUCCCAUUAUUACUUCUCUUCCAUCUCAUCCUCUCCAUCCUCCUCAUCACCUACCUAGUUCUCAUACUCGCAACCUGCGCAUUCGCCUCACGUCAUAGACGUUCGGAUUCAUGGUCAGAUAUCAUGCGGGAUCCCAAAUGGUGGGAGAGAGGGAUAUGCGUGUUAUUGACCUUGAUCACUGGCACGGUGUUAGUAUUGGAUAAUGUCGUUUGGGGUUUGGCGAGGAGUAAAGGACAUGAUCUGAGUCCUGACAUCUUAGGUUACUUCGUGAACAUCGUCGCUUUGUGUCUUUGGGUUUUCUGGGUGGUAGUGCAAUGUGCUUCGACGCACGAUAUCAAGGAAUAUUAUGUGACUGGUGGAGGGAGGGUACGGACAAGGUGA